CCGGAGCUUGGGUACACAGAGCAGUCCGCAGGAGGCCAAGGGGUCGCGGAGAGUGGACCCUACGCGCGGCGCCAUGAGCCAGCGCCAGGUGCUGCAAGUGUUCGAGCUGUACCAGAAUGCCCGGACCCGGUUCGUACAGAUGGUGGCAGAGCAGGCGACCAGACCUCAGAACUCGAGAACACUGCAGAAUGCGGGUAUAAUGUCCUUGCUGAGGCCUCUUCUUCUGGAUGUGGUUCCAACGAUUCAACAGACUGCCGCCCUGGCCCUGGGGAGGCUGGCCAACUACAACGAUGACUUAGCAGAAGCAGUGGUGAAGGGUGACAUUCUUCCACAGCUUGUCUAUUCGUUGGCAGAGCAGAAUUGUGUCUACAAGAAAGCAGCUGCCUUCGUGCUGCGAGCAGUUGGUAAACACUCUCCGCAGCUGGCACAGGCCACAGUUGACUGUGGCGCCCUGGACUCGCUGGUGAUGUGCUUGGAAGAUUUUGACCCUGGAGUCAAGGAGGCUGCAGCCUGGGCACUUGCAUAUAUUGCAAGGCAUAAUGCAGAACUGUCACAAGCUGUGGUGGAUGCGGGAGCCGUUCCUCUUUUAGUGCUCUGUAUCCAGGAGCCAGAAAUUGCUUUGAAAAGGAUUGCUGCCUCGGCCCUCAGCGAUAUUUCAAAGCAUUCUCCAGAGUUAGCACAGACGGUGGUGGACGUAGGAGCUAUUGCUCACUUAGCCCAGAUGAUCCUCAACCCUGAUGAAAAAUUGAAGCACCAGGUCCUUUCAGCUCUCAGUCACAUUGCAAAGCACUCGGUGGACCUAGCAGAGAUGGUUGUUGAAGCGGAGAUUUUCCCGGUUGUUCUCACCUGUCUGAAGGACAAAGAUGAAUAUGUGAAGAAAAAUGCUUGCACUUUAAUUAGAGAGAUUGCCAAGCACACACCCGAGCUCUCGCAGCUGAUUGUUAAUGCAGGAGGUGUGGCUGCAGUGAUCGACUGCCUUGAGUCCUGCAAAGGGAACAUACGGCUGCCCGGCAUCAUGAUGCUGGGUUACGUGGCUGCUCAUUCUGAAAACCUGGCCAUGGCAGUGAUCAUCUCCAAGGGUGUGCCCCAGUUGUCAGCCUGCCUGUCAGAGGAACCUGAAGAUCAUAUUAAAGCUGCGGCUGCCUGGGCUCUAGGACAGGUUGGGAGACACACUCCGGAGCACGCGCGGGCCGUUGCUAUCACCAACGUGUUGCCAGUGCUGCUGGCUCUGUACAUGUCCCUGGAGAGCUCUGAGGACCUGCAGGUGAAAAGUAAAAGGGCCAUAAAGAAUAUCAUCCAGAAAUGCACCUACCUCCCAGCUCUCGAGCCGUUUCUCUAUGACGCACCGCCCAAUAUCCUGAAGUAUGUGGCCGGACAGUUCAGCAAGGUGCUGCCUCAUGACAGCAAAGCCCGCAGGCUUUUUGUAACAAGCGGUGGACUUAAGAAGAUCCAAGAGAUAAAGGCGGAGCCUGGUUCCCUCCUCCAGGAAUACAUCAACAAUAUUAACAGCUGCUACCCUGAGGAGAUAGUAAGGUACUAUUCUCCUGGAUACUCAGACACACUUCUGCAGAGGGUGGACAGCUAUCAGCCACUUACUAACUGA